AUAUUCAAAUAUUAACUAAUGGAGAAGAAGGAGAUCUAUAACAAAUACGAAUCAAAAAGCCUUGUCAAAACAGGGAAGGGACAUCACUCCAAAUAUUACGGGACGAACACAAGCCAGGAGAAACAUGCAGCUGGGGGUUACAUGACCAAGAAGAUGCCUCCUUAUAAUAAAUCAAAUUAUGAUUCUUCUCAGUCAUCAAAUUCUGCUAAGAUUCCAAGGAACAAGUACGAUUAUGAGGGACAUCCAGAAAUAUAAAUUACGGCCAUAAGGGUUACAAGAACCAUCCGACUGAUUAUGCAAAGCUGAAGGCUUCAUCUAAAUCUAACAGUCAUUCGAGCUUGAUUGACAGGAACAAUUCUCCAAAGGGUAUGUCACAGCCAUACAACUACAAGAAGGUUCCAGAAAAACGCCAUAAAGAUACCGACAGUUAUAAACCUAAAUGGACUAUUGAAGAUUUUGAGCUAGGCAAAGCUCUUGGCAGGGGCAAGUUUGGCCAAGUCUACCUUGCACGGGAAAAGAAGUCAAAAUUCAUAGUUGCCCUGAAAAUACUUGAUAAGAAGCAGUUGAUCAAAUCCAAAGUGGAGUAUCAGCUUAGGAGAGAGAUUGAGAUCCAGUCCUUCCUAAACCACAAGAAUAUCCUCAAGAUGUAUGGCUUCUUCGCUGAUAAAACAAAAAUCUACCUGAUCUUAGAGUAUGCUCUGGGAGGAGAACUAUACAAGCAUCUGCAAGCUCAACCCAAUAAGAGGUAUAGCGAGACUAGGACUGCCAACUACAUCAAACAAGUAGCAGAAGCUUUGUCCUACUUGCACCUGAAGGAUGUCAUCCACAGAGACCUAAAGCCUGAAAAUCUUCUAAACUCUCAAGGAACUAUUAAAAUAGCUGACUUUGGCUGGAGUGUCUAUGCACCUCAGGAAGGCCGAAGAGAGACUCUUUGCGGAACUCUUGACUACUUGCCACCUGAGAUGGUUAACGGGGAUACUCAUGAUAAAUAAUGUCGACAUCUGGUGCCUAGGAAUCUUGUGAUAUGAACUGAUCUGCGGCUACCCUCCCUUUGAAACAAACACCCAUGAUGAGACUUAUGAGAGGAUUAAAUAAAAGAGAUUUAGAAUUCCCUGACCACGUGAGUGCAGGAGCACAGGAUCUAAUCUCCUCAAUUCUAAUGCUAAACCCUUCGAAAAGACUCAGUCUAGACGAUAUCAUGGGACACCCAUGGAUUGCUGAAAAUGCGCCGUUACACAGAGAAGAUGAUUAAAAUUAAGAAAAACGAUAAUUUAUGAA